AUGGCCUUGGCGUCUGCCGUCACAAUCCUCAGCCUCGUCCACGAUCGGAUUCGCCCCGAGAAACUCUUCAAGGAAGACACCGACGAUCCGCCCCUACAUAGCGCUCCCCAGAGCAGUACCAGUUGGUCCGCCGAGCUAAUGAAGCCUGCCGUCGUGGCUUUGGAGCGGCCGGUCGAAGACUACCUCCGCAUCUACGCCAGCUUUUAUAACGUCACCCAGCAGCGGGCCCCUUCGGGCGAGCUCGCGAACAACGUCAUGGUGCUAUUCGGCGCAGUGAAGAGUGCGGGCCGCCAUGGCGGUGUUCAUUUCGAGGUCCGCACCAUCGGCGAAAGCGAAGUCACUUCCAAGGAUGGAGUCACGGCCAACGGCGCGCCUGCCAUGCUGGAAGGCCACCCGGACAUGCUGUUGGACAACGAUAGGAGCUAUUCGGGAGGGCAGUUGACGCUGCAGGCUCUGCUGGGCUUCUUCUUCGAAGCCAUGGAAGAUACCCCCCGCGACAGCAAGCCGGAUGGAACUCUUGGUGUUUGA